GGAAGCUCAAGGUCAAGUUCGCUCUAGGCCCCGCCCCCAGCCUGGGUCAAGGCGAGUAACCUGGUGCCCCUCCCUGGCUGAGCAGCAGGUCCGUGGUCCCUGUUGACCCCCGAGAUUCUCCGGGUGCCGCUGCGGAGCCAAGCGACGCGCAGAGCCCAAGAGACCACUGCCCUAGGGAUUCAGUGUGCCAGGCAAGAGAAGGAUGGCAUUUUCACAAUGUAGCACACACCUUGUGUCACCUUUAUGAGGCCAGAAGAGGAAGAUGACUUCCAGGUAGGCCACCAAGAGACACUGACCAGGAGGAAUGCCAAAGAAGAGACAUUCAGCAGAGGAAGGGGCUUGAAUAGGAGCCCGUGAAGCAGGCAUAAUCAAAAGCAAUGUUAGGUGAUCACAGCUUGGUAAGGACAUGGAGGACAUGCAGGCAACAAGGCGUUGCUCAGAGACAAGUGGGACGGAAAUCUCCAAAAGCCUGAAGCCAAAUGGAAGAUGUGGCCUGUCAAAUGAGUCUCGGUGAGACUAUACCACUGGGUGGACAUAAGGGCCAGGGUUCCAUACCCCAAGCACAUGGCCAACACUCAAGUUCAUCAUGUCUGUGUGUGGAAGGCUUCUCUGGAAAGAGACCGUCUAGUUUAUAUUGUCUGCUCCUCUCUGGGAACAGCUUUGCAGGGUGGCUGCUGCAGUGGGUGUGGAUGUGUGUGACAGCAUGAAGAACCGGAUCCCUGUGGUGCUUCUGGCCUGCGGUUCCUUCAACCCCAUCACAAAUAUGCACCUGCGAUUGUUUGAGGUGGCCAGAGACCACCUACACCAAACAGGAAUGUACCAGGUGAUCGAGGGCAUUAUCUCACCUGUCAAUGACAGCUAUGGGAAGAAAGACCUGGUGGCUUCCCAUCACCGAGUAGCCAUGGCCCAGCUGGCCCUGCAGACAUCUGACUGGAUUCGGGUGGACCCCUGGGAGAGUGAGCAGGCACAGUGGAUGGAAACGGUGAAGGUGCUGAGGCUAAUUGAGAGGAGCAGAAGCAAGACAGCAGAUUACCCAGUAAAGCAUUUACCUUUGCACCAUCACAACCAGCUGCUGAAAUCCUCAGCCCAGAUGGAAGAUCCAGACCCCAGCAAAACACCAUCAGCCUCUGCAGCACUGCCCGAGCUGAAACUCCUCUGUGGAGCAGACGUCCUGAAGACCUUCCAGACCCCCAACCUCUGGAAAGACGAGCACAUCCAGGAGAUAGUGGAGAAGUUUGGCUUGGUGUGUGUGAGCCGGAGGGGUCAUGACCCGAAAGGGUACAUCUUGGACUCGCCCAUCCUCCGACAGUUCCAGCACAACAUCCACCUGGCCAGGGAACCCAUUCAGAAUGAGAUCAGUGCUACAUACAUCAGGAAAGCCUUGGGCCAAGGGCAGAGUGUGAAGUAUCUCCUCCCUGACACCGUCAUUGCCUACAUCAGGGACCAUGGCCUCUACAGCAGUGACGGUUCCUGGACAGGAAAAGGAAAGAUUAGUUAGAGGGCAGUUAAGAGCUUUGUUUUGCUUUGGGGUCUGUGUUUCCCUGUUUGUUUUGUUUCUAUGAUGAUAAUACCAUGGGUGACUUCCUACUGCAGAAAGAGGUUGUUUCUAUGGCUGGGAUAGUCGGUUAUCAGAGCAACUUAAAUGGCAUGGCAGGUCGUCGGAUUAGGCAAAACCUGUCAGGGCCACUGAUGAGGAGACCAGCUUACUUUGUGUAAAUGGUAAUUAGAGGAUGCACUUAUGCUCUUCUGAACAUGGCAGGUCCCUGAGAGAUCGGAUCACAGUUGCUUUUCUUUUUCUUUUUUUUCUUUUUGCAGACCAGGUGCAGCAUGCUGGUCUUGAUUGGCGGGAUUUGACAAGGUGCUGAUUACUGAACAGUAAUUAGCCUCUGCAAUGUCCUUGUUUCAAACAAUAAUACCAAGUGAGGAUUCAGAAAUCUGGAAACAGUACAUCAUUGUUCUCCCUUACAAACCAUGGUCUGCCUGCCCACCUGCCCGCCUGCCCACCAUGGUAUAGCAGAAAAAAGACUUUUGAUCACACCAUUUCUGUUAUAGUCAAGCAAUAUGUGUAAGUUUUAUUGUGUGUGUGUGUGUGUGUGUGUGUGUGUGUGUGUGUGUGUGUGUGUGUGUGUGUGUAAAUCAGAGGGACCUCAGAGUUCCAAGAAGCUGGAAUUAUAGGCAGUUGUGAGCUGCCUGAUGUGGGUGCUGGGAACCAGUCUUACGGAAGAGCAGCCACUGUGCCAUCUCUCCAACCCCCUCAAGCUAUAUUUUUGAUACAGCAAGUAUUUUUACACUGCUAUACUCUAAACACCAGGGUUCCCAAUAUCCUGACUUCUAAAAAGGAACUGAAGUAAAACAGAUGCCGACUGUUUUAGAAGAUCUUUUGAAUGUUUUAUGACUGCCUGACUGUUUGAAUAUUGGCAAAAGGAUAAAUAAUAAAUUGACAUCAAAAAGUA